UACAUAGAAUUCAACAAGACGAAUGUUAGUUUUAUUUUGGACAGCGCACUAUUACGUUAUUAAUUAGAACGCAUUUUUUACUCGAAAUUCACGAUGACUAAUAAAGUGUUAGCAAAUAAAUUUAAAGUGUUUUCAAGACACAAUGGAUUACGUUGUAUUUCAGUCCAACCGAAAUAUGAAUUCCUACCGAAAAAAUAUACGGGUCCCAGUAUGCAGCAAACAGAUGAGAUAAAGUCUAAAUUUUUCCCCCCGUCUGUCUAUAAUAUUUAUAAAAAGCCAGUGCUGUUACACCAAGGGCACAUGCAGUAUCUAUAUGACCACGAGGGUAGAAAGUAUUUGGAUUUGUUUGGAGGCAUUGUUACAGUUUCCGUGGGGCAUUGUCACCCGAAAGUUGUUUCAGCUCUUAAGAAACAAAUAGAAACACUAUGGCAUACCACUAAUAUAUAUCGGCAUCCUAAAAUAUACGACUACAUACAGAAGCUUGUAUCAAAGUUUCCUGGAGAUUUGAAGGUGGUCUAUUUAGUAAACAGUGGUACUGAGGCGAAUGAUCUAGCAACAGUAUUAGCAAAGGCGUAUACUGGUAAUCAUGACAUCAUAUCACUGCAGAACAGCUACCAUGGGUACUCCAGUGCCCUCAUGGGUCUUACCGCGACUCAGAGCUAUCGCAUGCCUUUGCCGGUUCCACCAGGUUUUUAUCACGCUAUGCUUCCUGAUCCAUUUAGAGGUAUUUGGGGGGGAUGCAGAGACUCGCUCUCACAAGUGCCGGGAUCAUGCACCUGCCCAGGUGACUGCGAUUCAACUGAAAAAUACAUUCACCAACUCAAAGAGCUUUUAGAGAAUUCUGUGCCGGCUGGUAAGAUUGCUGGCUUAUUUGCGGAGUCGAUACAAGGAGUCAAUGGCACAGUGCAGUUUCCAAAAGGAUAUCUUAGAAAAGCUUACGAAUUAGUUAAAAAAUAUGGUGGCGUAUACAUUGCCGAUGAGGUACAGUCUGGUUUUGGGCGUACGGGUGAUGCUUUCUGGGGUUUCGAGACCCAUGGUGUCACACCAGACAUAGUAACGAUGGCUAAAGGCAUUGGCAACGGCUUCCCAAUGGCAGCUGUGGUUACGACGAAGGAAAUAGCUGCUGCACAUACCCGAGCAACGUAUUUCAAUACUUUUGGAGGGAACGCACUAUCUGCUGCUGUGGGUGAAUCCGUAUUAAACGUCAUAGAAGAGGAGCACCUUCAGGAGAACUGCAAGAUUCUUGGAGCAUACUUCAUAGAACAACUUAUGCAAUUGCAAAAACAUCAUCCAGUUAUCGGCGAUGUGCGGGGCAAGGGACUCAUGUUAGGAAUCGAAUUGGUAGUUCCUCACACAAAGCAACCGUUAGCGGUUGAUGAUAUCCUAACAAUAUUCGAAAGAAUCAGGGAUCACGGUAUUCUUAUAGGGCGUGGCGGGCGUUAUAAUAAUGUUUUAAGAAUAAAACCACCGAUGUGUAUUAAUAAAGAAGAUGUCGAUUUCGCUAUAACUGCUUUAGAUAAAAUAUUAAAAGAAUUUUCGAUUGCGAAUAUUAAAGAAUAAUUACUUAGAACCAAAUAUUGGUUGCAUUUUUAUUUUAACCAACCCUAAUAAG